AUGUUCCUAGACUUUGUUAAAUUAUUGACACUCUAAACUUCGCUUCUAUCCUCUUUAAUCGAAUACGAGCCAACCAUUACCAAUGUUAACAUUAUCAUGAUUGGAAUGAAUAGCAUCAUUCCAGGUUAUGAGAGUCUCAAUUGGUUCAGUAAUCAAAACAAUAAUCAAUAUGCAACAAAUGAUGAUGAAAAAUGCAUUAACUUUAAGAUUUCUCAAGCUCUUCAAUGGAAUACUGUGCUGUUUCAGAACUUUGGACUUGAUAAUUUAGUUAUAUACUACAAUUAGUAGCAUUAUACAAAGCAAGAAAUUAUAGAUAUAGUUCAGACUUAAGAAUAGAAUUUUAAAGUGAAAAAAUUGAAACUCCGUUUAUAUUUUGGAGAACCUAAAUAAAAUGUAUCUAUUAAAAAGCUUUUCGAACAGUACUUGUAUUUAAGCAAAUAGGAUAUUCCAUUUAGUGGGUCUUUUGAAGCUUUUAAUUUUGACUAUGCAGAUUAACUAUUUCAAAACUUCCUUAAAUGGAGAAUUUCAAAUCAGACUUAAAGUUAUUAUAAGAUACCUCAUCCUAAGAUAAAAGAAUACAAAAAUGAGUUUCUAGAAAGAGGACCUCCUCCACUGUUCAAUGACUACCUUAUAUAUUUGUAUUCAGAUUAUGAUAUCAAAUCAUUAUAAUACCAUGAAUUCUUCAAGAACUUUUAAUAACAGCAUCUACUUAACAUAACAAGCGUUGUGAUAGGAUAUACAGACUUGACAUCAUCAAUAUUCUGGGGAAUAUGGCGAUAUUCUUUACCUUUUGUAAGAUUCUAUUCAGCAAAGUUGCCAGGUUAUUUUUCCUAUAAUUACGAGCCUUUAGAUGCAGGAAAAUAUCUCGAUUAUUUAAACAAAAAUUCAAAGAACUACUAAGCAAAUUAAAGACUAGUAAAUUAUCAACUUUAAGAUAAAAGCUAACUGGAAAAGACUUGGCAUAAAAGACAUUGUGAGAACAGGGAUAAAAUCCCCAAGUUACUAAUGGAAUGGUUUCUUUAUGAGAUUUAGGACUAUGACAAGAUAAUUGAUCUAUAUCUUCAAGAGGAGAAAUACUAAAAGCUAACUGGGUUCGGUCUUGCAGUUAUAGAUAAAUAUGACAAUCAAACUUUUGGAUAACCCUUCUUCUAUGGAAUGAAUAAGGCAAAUAAUAGUUCUCCAAUGAGAGUAUUGAUGAUGGCUUAACCAUAAGGCCCAGCUUCAAGAAAAUAAACUUUAUACCUAAUGAGUAAAGGUUUUAUGGUAAUGGGGAUUUCAUCCUACAGAAGUUUCCCUGUAUUUAAUAAGUUUGAGAAUGAUACAGAUUGGACUAUGCAAUGCUUAGAUAGAACCUACUUUGAAUUGAUGAAAAACUUUGCCGGAUUUUUCCAUAAUGUUCGCAAUCCUAACUAGGAGCUUAAAAAUAUAGUUAUUCCAAGAAUAAAUUUUGCUCAUUCAGAUAUGAUGUUGGAUUAUACCAAAGCUCAUAUGAAAGAUCACGAAGAUUUAAAUUUAACUGCAAAGAAUAAGUAUGAUAUAGCUUUUUCAAUGCUAGGGAACAAAACUUGGCAUGAAAACACUAAAAAUUGGACUUUUGGGCAGGAAGUCUAUGAUAAAUUGGUUUAAGCAGGAAAGUAUAAAAUUUUGCUAAUUGGAAGAGAUUUGCCUGAACGAUGGGUUGGAAAAGUUGAUCAUGUUCCAUAGCUCAAUUAAUCUGAAUUUUUCAAAACACUUGCAGUCACAAAUAUUUUGUUCAUUCCAAGCGUUUCUGAUGCAUCUCCAAGAAUUUUAACUUAGGCUUUAUGCCUAGAAACAGCUGUCAUUGUCAAUAAGUAUAUCGUUGGUGGUUGGAAAUACAUAAAUGAGUAAACUGGUUCAUUCAUUGAUUAAUCUGAUGAAAUUUUCGGAUUAAUAGAUGAUAUUAGAGAUAGGAGGGAAAAAGGAAUACUUUAGCCUAGGAAAUGGUUCAGUGAAUUUGCAAAAUAUAGCCACUAACGUUUUCAAAUAAUGAUCGAGUUGAUGUGGUUUAAAUAUGGAUAUGAUUUUGACAUAAAUGGACUUGAAAAAAUAUAUGAUAAAUAUAUAAUUUGA